GCUGAGAUACUGGUACUAGGUAUACAAAAUUAGGAUAUGCUGGAAAUACGGAACCACAGUUUAUCAUCCCUUCCUGUAUUGCUAUUAAGGAGUCAGCAAAAGUAGGAGAUCAAGCUCAAAGGAGGGUGAUGAAAGGUGUUGACGACCUAGACUUCUUCAUUGGUGAUGAAGCAAUAGAAAAACCUACAUAUGCAACAAAGUGGCCAAUCCGCCAUGGUAUAGUUGAAGACUGGGACUUGAUGGAAAGGUUUAUGGAGCAAGUCAUCUUUAAAUAUUUAAGGGCGGAACCUGAAGAUCAUUAUUUUGUUUUGACUGAACCUCCACUGAAUACUCCAGAAAACAGGGAAUAUACUGCUGAAAUAAUGUUUGAGUCUUUCAAUGUUCCUGGCUUGUACAUUGCUGUACAGGCUGUUCUUGCCUUAGCUGCAUCUUGGACCUCCAGACAAGUAGGAGAACGGACGUUGACUGGUACGGUAAUAGACAGUGGAGACGGUGUCACUCAUGUCAUCCCUGUGGCUGAAGGGUAUGUGAUUGGCAGCUGUAUUAAGCACAUUCCCAUCGCAGGACGAGAUAUAACAUAUUUUAUUCAGCAAUUGUUGAGAGACCGAGAAGUAGGAAUUCCUCCAGAGCAAUCCUUGGAAACUGCUAAGGCAGUGAAGGAGCGCUAUAGUUAUGUCUGCCCAGACUUAGUAAAAGAAUUUAACAAGUAUGAUACAGAUGGAUCAAAGUGGAUUAAACAGUAUACUGGAAUCAAUGCUAUCUCAAAGAAAGAGUUUUCCAUUGAUGUUGGAUAUGAAAGAUUCUUGGGACCUGAAAUUUUUUUUCAUCCAGAGUUUGCUAACCCAGACUUUACCCAGCCUAUCUCAGAAGUUGUAGAUGAAGUAAUUCAGAAUUGUCCUAUCGAUGUCAGACGUCCUCUCUACAAGAAUAUUGUCCUCUCUGGAGGUUCAACCAUGUUCAGGGACUUUGGACGUCGUUUGCAAAGAGAUUUGAAAAGAACUGUAGAUGCCAGGCUGAAAUUAAGUGAGGAAUUGAGUGGUGGUAGAUUGAAGCCAAAACCUAUUGAUGUACAAGUCAUUACACAUCACAUGCAACGAUACGCAGUUUGGUUUGGAGGAUCUAUGCUGGCUUCCACACCUGAGUUCUACCAAGUAUGCCACACCAAAAAGGAUUAUGAAGAAAUUGGACCUAGCAUUUGUCGUCACAAUCCAGUGUUUGGAGUCAUGUCGUAAAAUUGGCUUCAUAGUUAUUGGGGUUAGGGAGGUGGGGAAGAAAUAGUCUUUCUGAUUACCUGUUUUGUCUGGAUGGCUGGUUUUGAACCUGACUUGAAAUAAUAAGACCAAACAUUAAUUAUACAGGAAUAUUUUAAUAAGUAUAUCAACAAGCGAAUGUAGAGGAGAGCCAAAAUGAUUAAGUGUUUUUCUUUAGAUUGAAUAUUUGAAUCUUACGUGUAUCAAAAAGAAGUGGGUUUUAGUUCUUUCUGUGCUCUGGUAUUUUGUAUAUUAUUGAAUUAUCCAAGAUUUGAUGGGAUUUAUCAGUAUGUAGAUAGCUCUAUAAUGCUUGAAUUGUACACUUUGAAGUGUGUGCAAUGCAAGAGCUUGUUUAUAUUUCAUACUUUUUAUACUUUGAGGAAAAAAAGUCAAAGAAAAACUAGUAUUUGAGGGUAAAAAUAAAAAAGUGACCAAGUAAAGGAUAAAUACAAAAAAUAGCCUGUGAGACUUGGCGUACACACACACUCAUGGGAUUCCAGUUAUUAUGAAGUGCUUCCACCCUCCUGUGCCCCCCAAUGGUUUUCUUUGCAAGUGCUUUUGGAACUAAGAAGCUAGUGUCUUGGAUUAACUGAUGCCUGCUAGUGCUUUCUGAUUACUCGCAUUCUGUUUUCUCGCUUUAAAGGAAAAGUAAAGACAAGACUAUUGGACCAGUAUUGCAGUUCUGUAGUGUCAUUUCUUAUUAAAAAAUGAAUAAUUUGAUUACCCAAAUUGGUAUAUUUAAAGCCUAACACCAUUCUAAUAAAGGCACAAAUUUCUUUUUAAUACUUGUUUCAAGCUCUUUAAUCUUUAUAAGUUAACUAAUAAAUCUAUUUUCUUCAAACCUC